AUCACAGAAGUUUCAUUUUUUUAAUGUCAAAGUGUGAGAAGAUUGUGAAGUUUGGAACCAUUGUCUUGUCAUAGUUUCCUCCAUUAUUGACUUCCUUUCAAGCUCAUCUUCAAGCCUUAGCUGUUUCAUACUGUUGCUUAGUUCUUUCCUGGUUCAUCCACUCACUCUGCUAGUUCCAAUUUCACACUACAACAGAAAAAUGGGAACAGCAAGUGAAUCAGACUUUGGUUAUGUUCUGAGUGAAAGAAAAGCAUUUGAUGAAACAAAAGCUGGUGUCAAAGGGCUUGUUGAUGCAGGUUACAAGAAGGUUCCUAGCAUAUUCCGUCAUCCUCCUCAGAAAUCUGAGAAGAAGGUCUCAAAUUUAACCGACACAAGCCAUGUUAUUCCAGUCAUAGACCUUGCAGAUAUUCACAAGGAUGCAAGCAAACGCCAAGGGCUUGUUGGCAUAGUAAAGGAAGCAUCUCAAACAUGGGGUUUCUUUCAGGUGAUCAAUCAUGACAUCCCUGUGAGUGUUCUUGAGGAGAUGCAAAAUGGGGUCAAAAGGUUUCAUGAACUUGAUGCUGAACACAAAAGGGAAUUCUAUUCACGAGAUAGAACAAAACCCUUUUUCUAUAACAGCAAUUUUGAUCUAUAUGGCUCACAGCCAGCACUCAAUUGGAGGGACACUUUUAAGUGUUUGUUGUACCCUGAUGCCCCCAAACCAGAAGAAAUUCCUGCAGUAUGCAGAGACAUACUGCUGGAUUACAGUAAAUACAUAAUGAAGCUUGGUAUUUUACUGCUUGAGUUGUUUUCAGAAGCUUUGGAUCUGAGUCCAAACUAUCUCAAAGAUAUUGGAUGUGCUGGGAGAGUGCUUGGUCUUUGCCAUUAUUAUCCUGCAUGUCCUGAACCAGAUUUGACCAUGGGAACCAACUUGCAUUCUGACAAUGAUUUCUUCACAAUCCUUCUCCAGGAUCAUAUUGGUGGUCUCCAAAUAAGAUGCAAUGACAAGUGGAUUGAUAUAAACCCUGUACCUGGUGCUUUGGUGGUUAAUAUUGGAGACUUUUUGCAGCUUAUAACAAAUGAUAGAUUGAAGAGUGCUGAACACAGAGUGCUUUCAAAUCAUGUUGGUCCAAGGAUAUCUGUUGCAUGCUUUUUCAGCCCAAGUGUUGAAGCAUCCUCAAAGCCUUUUGGACCUAUAAAGGAACUGUUAAACGAAGACAAUCCUCCCAAAUAUAGGGAAACUACAUUUGCUCAGUAUGAAGCCUUCUAUGUUGCAAAAGGACUUGAUGGUACCAGUGCUCUUGCACCUUACAAGUUUGAACUAGGAAAAUGAAUCAGAAACUACACCUUAUAAGAUUUGAACUAUGAAAUGUAUCAGAAACAGAAUAAGUUAGCAUAAAUAAACAUGAUUGCUGAA